AUGGAUCGAGCUCGCACCAUGAUACGGACUCUGACUCCCGCUUUGAGGGCCGCCUCAGCCUCCAGGUCGCGGGCAGCGCCGACGAAUGCCGUGGUGGCCUCGCUGAACUCAGGGAGGUUCGGCUACAAUAUCCAGCGGCGAACAUCAUACAUGACAAAAGCGGCCCAAGAACCUUUCCUGAAUGGGAAUAGCAGCGUCUAUGUCGAAGAAAUGUUCAAGGCUUGGAAAGACGAUCCCAAGUCUGUUCACAAGUCUUGGGAUGUCUUCUUCCGCGCCGCUGCAGCCGGCAAGGAUCCGGGACAAGCUUACACAGCACCUCCGUCAUUGAGUUCGAGUCCGACUCACCUUGCUCCGACGCAGCCUGCAGUGAUACCGACAACGCAUGCCGCUCCGCGAGAUAUAGAAGAUCAUCUCUCCGUUCAGGCCAUCAUUCGUUCUUACCAGGUACGGGGACACUUUGCCGCCAACUUGGAUCCUUUAGGCAUCCUGCCGCAAUACACCGUGGGUCCCAAUGGACUCAAGGAGCCCGAAUCUGUUCUGCGGGACUCCAAAUUGGACGAGAAAGACAUGGACCGAAUGUUCAAACUGCCAUCCACAACCUACAUCGGGGGUAGCGAGGGUGUGCUACCGCUCCGCGAGAUUCUGCGUCGUCUUGAAAACGUCUAUUGCGGAUCGAUCGGUGUUGAGUAUAUGUUCAUCAACGACCUCGAUCAAUGCAAUUGGAUCCGCGAAAAAUUCGAGACACCGGGUGUCAUGAACCUGAACGCGGAUAAGAAGAAACUCCUGAUGAAACGGCUCUUACGUUCCACCAAAUUCGAGGAAUUCUUGGCAAAGAAAUGGGUGUCAGAAAAACGCUUCGGGCUCGAAGGCUGCGAAACUCUGAUUCCCGCUAUGAAAACCGUCAUAGAUCGUUCUUCUGAGCUCGGCGUCGAUUCCAUCGUGAUGGGGAUGCCCCAUAGGGGCCGGCUCAACGUUCUAGCGAAUGUGUGCCGAAAACCCCUGGAGAUUAUCUUCACUCAAUUCUCGUCGCUCACGCCUGCUGACGAGGGUUCCGGCGAUGUCAAGUACCACCUGGGAAUGAGUCAUGAACGUCUGAACCGGCAAUCGAAUCGCAACAUGAAGCUCUCCGUUGUGGCCAAUCCCUCUCAUUUGGAAGCCGUGGAUCCCGUUGUCUUGGGGAAAGUUCGUGCCGAGCAAUUCUACCGCGGAGAUACCCAAGGCAAAAAAGUCAUGGGUAUGAUUCUUCACGGAGAUGCCGCUUUUUCUGGGCAGGGUAUCGUCUAUGAAACGUUCCACAUGUCCGAGCUGCCAGACUACAAAACUCAUGGCACCAUCCACGUUGUGGUGAAUAAUCAGAUCGGAUUCACCACUGAUCCUCGAUCCUCUAGAUCCUCUCCAUAUUGCACUGACGUUGCCCGCGUCGUGAAUGCGCCAAUUUUCCACGUCAAUGCCGACGACCCCGAAGCAGUAAUGCACGUGUGUAACGUCGCUGCUGAAUGGAGAGCCAAGUUCGAAAAAGACUGCGUCAUCGAUCUCGUCAGUUACCGCAGAAAUGGCCACAAUGAGGUGGAUGAACCGAUGUUCACUCAGCCCUUGAUGUACCAAAAAAUACGGAAGCACAAAGGGACUCUCGAUCUUUACACAAAGAAGCUGGUAGACGAAGGUGUUGUCACCGAGCAAACUCUUGAAGAGGAAAAACAACGCUACGAAGGCAUCCUACAGGAGGCCUACACGAAUGCUCAGAAGGAGACCGAGACAAGAAAUCGCGAUUGGCUAGAUUCCCCUUGGAGUGGAUUCUUCGGUGAUCGUUCACCCUCGAAGUGUGAUCCCACUGGAGUUUCUGAGGAAACACUGAAACACAUCGGGACGGUCUUCUCAUCGCCUCCCCCUGGUAACUUCGCAAUCCAUCCCGGUAUUAAGAGGAUUCUCAAAGCUCGCAUGGACAUGGUUGAAUCAAGAUCCAUCGAUUGGGCUCUGGGUGAGGCCAUGGCCUUCGGCUCACUCCUGAAAGAGGGGAUUCACGUGCGCCUCUCCGGUCAGGACGUUGAACGAGGAACCUUCUCCCAUCGCCACCACGUACUCCACCAUCAGACGAUCGAUAAAACCACUUACAGACCGCUCUGUCAUCUAUGGCCUGACCAAGCACCGUACACAGUGUGCAAUUCCAGUCUAUCCGAAUACGGUAUUCUCGGAUUCGAACUCGGAUUCUCGAUGACCAAUCCCAAUGCGUUGGUGAUGUGGGAGGCGCAAUUCGGUGACUUCAUGAAUACAGCCCAGUGCAUAAUAGACCAAUUCAUCUCGUCUGGACAAGCCAAAUGGGUCAGACAAUCUGGCCUCGUGAUGAUGCUCCCUCAUGGGAUGGAAGGCAUGGGUCCCGAGCACUCCUCCGCACGACCAGAAAGAUUCCUUCAGCUCUGCUCGGAGGAGCCUGAUCAUUUCCCGGAUGAUGCCUCGAGUCCUGACUUCUCGAUGAAACAACUACAUGAUUGUAACAUGAUUGUUGUGAAUUGCACCACGCCGGCGAACUACUUCCAUGCUAUGCGGCGUCAAAUCGUCCUUCCAUUCCGCAAGCCGUUGAUUGUUUUCACACCGAAGAGUCUCCUCCGCCACCCAGAAGCCAAGAGCAGCUUGGAUGACAUGGUUGAAGGGACAAACUUCAAGCGAGUAAUCCCGGACAACGGAGCUGCUGAAAGCAACCCCGCGAACGUGCAGAAACUCCUCUUCUGCACGGGAAAAGUCUACUACGAUCUGAAGAAGUCUCGGGCUGACCGUAAUAAGGAGUCUGACAUCGCUUUGGUCCGCGUGGAGCAAGUUUGCCCCUUCCCAUUCGAUCUCAUCAAGAACGAGAUCGACAAAUAUCCGAAUGCGAAAAUCCAAUGGGUUCAAGAAGAACACAAGAAUCAGGGCUGUUGGGCUUUCGUGCAACCGCGUAUUAAUAUCUCGACUGGAUACCAGAGACCUGCCUUCUAUGUCGGACGAGGCGUAUCUCCUUCGACCGCCACCGGUAGCAAAUACAUCCACAAAAAGGAAUUCGAAAAUUUCGUCAACGCUGCCAUGGAGUGCUAGAUGCCGAAUUGGAAAGGUGACUGCUCGCGUUCGCUUAGGAAGACAGCUAUUGCAGUCACUCUCAUUGUUAUCGUUAGUAGGCAGUUCAGAUUUUCCGCUGAAGUUUCAAUCAUACGUUGUUUUCGAUCGUGAGGGAAUCAUGGUAAUGUUCUGCUCAGUCAGUGCCAGAACACGCUAGUGGACGAUUUCCUGGACGGUGUUAUCAGACGGAGUGAACUCGAAUGAUUGAAGGCUCGUUGUCUUACAAGACAGAGCCGUACUACUCGCGCGUUUCCUUGUUUUUCGAAGAUGGGUAUGGGGGAGCGUUCACCUGAACUUCCAUUCUCGCCGGCUCCCCUGAUUGAGGGUCGAGGCUGAGCAGUUGGAAUGGCUGAUGUUUGGCUCGGGGGCGCUCCAUGGGUUUUGAGUGAGUUCGCAUCGGAGUCCGAGUCUCCCAGGUUGACCCUGUCCGCAUCAUGCACUCCGCUUCGCAAGAAGCUGCGGCCUUACGGUCGGAGGAAAAGGGUUGCUCGUCCUCGUCGACUUCGCUCUUCGGCUAAUCACUGCUGAUUGAGGGAUCGAUCUUGAAAAUCCGCUACGGGGGACGCUAUUCGGAUGUCUCACCAGUGUAACCAUCAUUCGACAACGACUCGAGAACUUAUAAGAGCAGCACAAAACUUAGUGAGAUGCUAAUGAUCCUCGAAUCUGAUGCUAGGCAGAGGCGACAGAGGCGCGAAAACUAUUUAUUAUACCGGUUUUGCGAAGAUCAUCGCCCACCGAAAGUCUUCUCACGGCGAGGGAAGAAUAUUGAUUAUUUGAUCGUAUAUCUGCAAACCGGAAUGUCGCGAAGGAAUCUGAUCGGAUGCGGAGGGCCGUCAGAAGCUACGAAUCCAUCAAAUCGCGAAACUUCUGCUCACAUCCGCCGAUACUUUGUUAUGUGCCUCCUACUAAAUUUAUAUAAUCAAUAAAUUGA